UUCUCAAGGCUGACAGAGAGGUUUGUCAAUGGGGUGGAUGUAUUAAUGGACACAUUCUGGAGGAUAUGGACUGAUUUGUUAGAUGUUCUUGGAAUUGAUGCCUCCAACCUGACUCAUUAUUUCAGCCCAGCAGCAAUUGCCAACAGCCCAACCCGUGCUCUUCUACUAAUUGGUGCCAUUUUACUCGCCUAUUGGUUUUUAUCUCUCUUCCUUGGAUUCUUCUUCUAUCUCCUGCACAUGCUGUUUGGUCGUUUCUUCUGGAUUGCGAGGGUUGCCCUUUUCACUCUCUCGUGCGUGUACAUCCUCCAGAAGUAUGAAGGUGACCCGGAACACGCUGUCCUGCCUCUCUGCUUUGUUGUAGCAGUCUACUUCAUGACGGGGCCAGUUGGAUUUUACUGGAGAAGAAACAGCAACAGCAGCCUCGAGGAGAAGAUGGACCACCUCGAUAGUCAGAUCAGACUUCUGAACAUUCGUCUUUCUCGGCUGAUUGAGAACCUGGACAGAGGCAGUAACCAAUGAACCAGCCCCUAUAGACCACUGUACACCAGCUCUAGAAAAUUCCUAAGCACUGUCUCGUUUGAAGUUACAAAGCAACAAAACAUCACAUGGUAAAAAGUGUGCAAAAGUUAUAACUUUUCAUCAUGUGUGAGACUAAUUUAUCUAGAUUAUACACUCAGCCAUUAUACUUGUAGGAAAAAACAAAUGUUUAAGAACUUCAGCUGUAUAUUCAGAGAGUUUUAUCCAGUACUCGAAUUUUCUCAGUAGAUAAACGCUUACUUUUACAAGCAUUUAAAAACAUCUUUUGUAAAGUUUUUAUAAAAGCAAAUUGAGUAGUCUUUCAAAUCUUGAAAUUGAGCUAAAACAUAUGCAAAUUUGACACUUUAAAAGUUAAAAAGAA